GGAGGCAGAAGACAGGGUCUCCUCUGCGCUGAGACACUGGGGCUGGACAGGAGCUUCUAAAGGAGGACACACGUGGAUGGAGCCCACAGCAGUGAACAUCGUGGUGAGCUGGAGGAGCAGGUGUGAGCAGUGCAGUCACAGGUGAGAAGAGGAGGGGAGCAAAGGGCCAUGAGCAAAGCCACGUUCACUGGACAGCACCCAAGGGAGCUCUGUCUGACCAACCAGCACCCAGAGAGAGGACAGCAAGUCCUCCAGUUCCGACUUCAGCAGAGGAGAAGCAGAGAGGCGCAGGCAGAAGAGGGAAGCAUGCCUUUGAACCAUGGAAAGUUUCCGAAGCAGGAGGACUCUUACGCUUUCGAGGAGGACAGCAGCAGCGGCAGUCUGUCUCCAGAGCAACAGGUCAGCGAGCCAGAGUCCCACAGCUCAGCCUGCACUGCGGAGGGGAGCAGCCUCGCCAGCGCCCUCGCCAGCCCAUGCCAGACAGGAUCCAGAGACAUAUCAGGGCAGAUCCAGGAGGAGGGCUGCAGCAGUCAGACCACAGCCCCUGUCCCCGUCCCUGCCAUUGUCAAGUCAAAGUCGUCUGACAAGAACCGCCAUAAGAAACCCAAAGACGUGAAGCCCAAAGUGAAGAAGCUCAAGUAUCACCAGUACAUCCCUCCAGAUCAGAAGGGCGAGCGAUCUCCUCCGCCCAUGGACUCAGCCUAUGCCCGCCUCCUCCAACAGCAGCAGCUCUUCCUCCAGCUACAGAUCCUGAGCCAACAGAAGCACGCACACACCCAGUCCCACCACCAGCACCCGCACAACACUCACCAGCACCUGCACGGGACCCAGGGACCAGCCAGGCAGCCCGCGUUCAGCUACCAGCCUCACCCACCCACACAUAACCACAAGGGGACCAGUGAGCAGCUCUCCUGUAGCUCCAGCUCAGCCAACAGUAACUCCUCCUCUCCGAUCAAGAACGCCUUCCCCAACCAGAACAGCAUCUCAGCGGUCAAGCCUGGACCCCUGCCCGCCAACCUGGAUGACCUUAAGGUGUCCGAGCUGAGGCAGCACUUGCGGAUGCGUGGCAUGCCCGUCUCUGGGACCAAGACCUCCCUGAUCGAACGGCUCCGCCCCUUCACCGAGCCCUGCUGUGGCUCCUCCCCUCCCUCUGACAUCACCACUGGCACCUUCCCCGUUACCCCCAGUGGCUCCCUGACCUCCAGCUCACUGUCCCAGGGCUUCUACCCAUCCUACACAUCUUCAUCCAGCCCGCCCAUGUCCCCUGCCUCCUCCGAGUUGUCCCUCAACGGGUCCCUGCCGGAGAGCUUCAGUGACAUGUCCCCCCACACACAUUUCACCCUCCAGCCCUCCCCCACGGACAUGGAGGAGGGGCUGGGGGCAGGGCAUGGAGUGGAGGGAGCGGGGCUGGAUGGGCUGGGGACAGGACAGGAGGGAAUGGAGGCAGAGAAAGACAAAAUGCUGGUGGAGAAGCAGAAAGUGAUCGACGAGCUGACGUGGAAACUGCAUCAAGAGCAGAGACAGGUGGAGGAGCUGAAGAUGCAGUUGCACAAGAGAAAGCGCUCAUAUGGCUCCACCCAGGAAACCGGACCCCCCCUACCCUCCAUGCCCCAACACAGCCCCUCUCUCAUGGGGCAACACUUCUUCGGAGUCACCGUCAAACAGGAGCCAGUGCCCCUGUCCUCCAGCUGCCCCCUGUCCUCCCCCAAACAGCUGAAGAGCCCGGGCGUGGGGCACAUGGAGGAGGCGGGCCCCGGGGGGACACAGCUCAUGGACGGGGCCCCUCACUCGGCCUUUCUCAGUCCCCAAGCCUCCCCGCAGGACUCCCCCCCAGGAAAGACAUCCCACAGCCCCCAGCCCCUCUCUCCUCACGCCCCCUACCUGCUCACACCUCCACUGGGCAGGGAUGAGUGUGGACACCCUCACGGCCUGGGGGGAGCCAGGCUGUGUAGCAUGCAGGUACAGCAGAAGAGCGGUGGUCAGAUGAUGAACUGUUCCUACCCCUCUGACCACAGAGUGUACCCUUCAGACACUGGGGUCAGCCAUGGCUCCUCAGUGAAGAGUGAAAACAUGUCCAAGAGGUCACUAUGUCCCCCUGCUGGUCAGAGGUGUCACUGUAACUCUGUGCGUCAACCUCCCUGUUACGAGGAGGCACUCCAGCAGCAGCUAAACAGGAGUCAGCAGAUGGACGAACUGUUGGACGUACUUAUAGAAAAUGGAGGAUGCCCGGGUCUGCUGGUGCCUAGGUUCCACCGGCACUACGAGCACCCACCGCCUGGUCAGCUGCCCUACGACCACCCAGCCAAUCAUCUGCCAGAGGGCCAUCUGGAGACGCUGCUGAGCACUCCCAUUGGCCGAAGCAUGGAGGGGGAGGGGGAGGGCUACAGUGCUCAACCCCGGCAACCUCACCACGUCGGGGACAAGCUGCUGCUGUCCGCACCCGAGCUCCAGGGGGUGGCCUUCAGCAUGGCCUUUAGUGAGGCUCCCUGGGACAACAUGGAGUGGCUGGACCUGACCCCACCCACCUCCGCCAACACGUACAGUGUAGCCCCGCCCACUGCACCCAGCGUCUUCACCAGCGAGUUCCUGGAUGUGACAGACAUGAGCCUGAGCGCCGCCAUGGACCUCCCCCUGGACCACUGGUGAAGGAACACCGCUGGAUGCUACAUUGGUGAUGGACUUCUAUUAGAAGUACCAGAGAACUUGAUGGUACUCAGUGGGAGCUACAGACCAGGUGACCUCUGGCAUUAUGGUUUUAUAUACUGUUGUUUCUGUUAUUGUCCUGGCUGGAUACUGGCCAUAUGUUGAGAAUGAAUCCACAAGUCAUGUAAUACUUUUGAGCGUUUGAGUUAUGUUACAAUGUUGUAUCCUCAUCAAAACAAACUAAGGUUGGGUAAUACUGACGUAAUUCCAUGGAGCUCCUUUCUGUUUUUAAAGUCGAGACAUCUUCAGACACUAAACUUUAAACUUGAUCUGACUAUUUAAGUGCACUAAAUUUGCUUCUUUUUUGCUACUAAACUGUGUUUUAAUUGUACUGUCUAUGGUUUCUUUCCAGUUUUAGAAACUUCAGUGCAAAUUAGGUAAAUCUGCUUCUUUCUGGUAAAACAAACAAAUAAGCACAUAUCUAAAUCUGUGUGCUGCCAGUUUCUAGUAGUUGGGGACAUCACAAGAGACUGUCUUGAUUACAGCCAGAAGUUCCUGAUUACAAACCCCUCAAGCUUCUUUUUAAUCCUCCAGCCCACCCCCAGUCUCCCCUUUAGUCCCCCGAGUACUGCCCAGUUUAGCAGCUCUAUUUAAAAUGUGGUUGUGAAUGGAGUUUACAACCACAUGUUUAGUUUAGUCCCAGUUUACCAGAAGCAGACAUUGCUUUAGUUUUCUUUUUCACUAGAAACAGAAAUCAUUUCAUAUUGUCAACAGAAAGCUUUUGUCAGUUUUAGACUUACUCACAGUGGAAAGAGGAAUCACAGCUUUUACUCAAGUAAAGAGUACUGUUAUACUGUACAAUAUAUUACUUAAGUAGGAGCAAAAGUAUGGCGUCUGAAAAGUACUUGCGUAAAUUUACCGUUUGCAAUGUUUGUUUUUGAUGAGGGAACAUUCUUGCAUAUUUUAAAGACCAAAACAGUGGAUUGGUGAAAUAUGUCUCCUUUAUGUUUCAAAUUACAGUACCUUUAAUGCUCCAGACCAGUGUUACUCCUCAACUUGAAGACAGCCUGUGAACCAUCUGCAUUUUUGGUCUUGUACUUAUUUUUAUGACUGGAAAUCUGAAGGAGCACAAGGUGAACCGGAGGUGCGGCAGUGGGACGCGUGGACACAUCAUAAAUAGUGCGUUGUGUGUACGCAGUUUGUCAGAUUUUGUAAAUAUAAAAUCAAAGAUCUCACGUUGCACCUUUAGCUUGGUCACAUUUUUCACGUUUUGCUAAUUUGUGUGUAAAAAGAAUGUAUUUUUGUACUCACUUUUACUGGCUUGUUUAUCCACCGAGUUGCAUUAUGGGAAAUGUAUUUUUUAAUGUCUUAUUGCUGAAAAUGUGCCUUAUUCAUUUUAUCCAAUGAAAUUUCCAAAAAGCAUUACGAAAUAGAUGUAUUUACAUGUCUCAAAAUUAGAAUUCAUUUGAGAUGACUAGUUUAGAUACUUGCUAGGCUUAAAGGUACAUCAUGGAACUUUUCCGAAUGGGUGUCUGUCACCAUAGAGAUAGAGAGUGAAUGUUCCACAGUAUGGUAUUAAACUUAUCUAACAUACAUGAAUUCAAUUGCAAGUAUUUGUAUUGUUUUUACUGUGAGUGUGGUUGCCUCUCCACAGACCUGACUUGUAACUUGGUUUGAUGAUGUCUUGUGUAUUUGUCUAAUGCCAUACAGUGGAACACUCGAAAAGUUAUAGAAUCUCCAUGGAGGCAAGAAGUUGUUGGUCUUUCAUCAGAAAAGUUACAUAGUGCAACUUAAAUUUGGGACUA